AUGCAUAUUUGUUGGUGCAAUGUUACUGCAAUUUAUGUGACCCUUCCUCUGGUUGCUGUUGCUGCGCUGCUGCACUUCCCGAUCGCGUGGCUGAUCCAACGGUUAUAUCGUAGAACGUCAUUUUCGGAGGCUUUGGAUGAGUACCGGAAGCAGAUCAAGUGCAAGCCAUUUCCAGGGCCUGAUGGAACCCAUCCUCGCAACCAGGGCUUGCAGGUUCUGACUUUGCGCGGCUUGUGGAUGCACUUUGAGAGCUUUAUUCUCGAGCGCAAUAUGCACUUUGUGGUUGCCAACAUAGUCAGGCCCCUAACUCAAAGCAAAGGAGUUUCCUUUGUAAGUCUUUGGGGUGGCAGGCAGGUGGAUUACUUUGUGUCCCAUUCCUGGGGCACGAGCUUUCCGCACUUCGUGUGUUCCAUCCAAUGCCAUGCGUUGUCCAAAGAGGGCCCCACUUCUUGGAUUGAUGCAGCAUAUUGGAUAUGUUCGUUUGCGAACAACCAGUGGAGAAUUGAAGCCGAACUGGGAAGUGAUCCCAUGGAGAGCGCCUUUGCACUCGCCUUGACAGCGGGAAUCAAAGGAGUCGCGAUGGUCAUGGACCCGGAAGCGCAGCCCCUCACAAGAGUUUGGUGUUUGUUCGAAUUUUUCCUGUCCAGCCGUCAGCACUUGGACCUGGUCUUCGUCACCAAUGCUGGUGUGGUGGGUGAUGAUGGUUGCAGCUCCUUUGACGUUGCGUUGGAGAUGGGCAAGAAGAUAGAAUCGUUGCAGGUUGAAACGUGCGAGGCAUCUUCGGAGGAAGAUAAGAAUGACAUUUUCCGGUACAUCAUCUCCGAGUUGGGAAGCCUUGAGCGAAUGGAUGAGCAAAUCCGAGCACUGAUGGCUGAGAUGUUGAUGCAAAAUUUAGCCAACAUGGAAAAGGCAACUGGAAGUCUUGUAGACCGUCUCGGCCAGGGCAGCGCAACAGUCGCAACCCUGAAUGAGAAGCGUUUAAAACCACAUGUUGCUUCCGGAAUUCGUCAGAUUUUUUCCAUUUAA